CAGCUGUUAUUCUGCGUUUAACUUUCAUGACGAUCGGACGUGCGUGCGCGGCGUUCUUUGAAAAAUUAAAGACGAAAGACGAAUUCGUAACUAAAAAUUAAUCCCGAAAAUUAAUUAAUAGCGCGUUGAUAAAAAAUGUGUGCAAAUUAUCUGCUCUUAACAGUUUGAUGUCAAUGUUCAACAAACCAAAACAAAAUAAAAACGUAAAAAUUUUAUUUAAUUGAAUUUAAUUUGAUUUGUGUUCUAAUCAAAGCUCGCGCGUGAUUUUGUUUAGCACUGCGUGAGAGAGCGAGAGAGCAAAAAGAGAAAGAAACUCUCUUCACUCCCCCCUUUCGCCAUUUGGUGAGUGUUGUGAAAAUGCAAAUGUUAAAGGCGCCCAAAGGAGCAUAGCAAAAAGCAGCAAGAGAGAGCGAGAGAGCAAUUAAAGGAAGAGCGCGCAAAACAUAACGGCAAAGCGACAAGUGCAUUAAACGUGACGACCGAAAAAAAUAGCAAAAAAGCAAGAGAAAAAAUAAAAAAAAGUACCGCAAAAUAAAAAUUUGUGCUUAGUGUUUUUUGUGUUAUCUGUGUGUCAAGUUUAGUUUUUUGUUCUAAUUUGUGUUUAACGUUAGAAUUAUUAGCCAAAUACAUGAGUGUGUGUGUGUGUGAAAAAAUUGUCUAAAAAAAUACACAAGAAAAAAUAAUAAUAACAAUAAUAGCAGCAGCAACAAGAAAUACAUAUAAAGUUUAAAUUGCAAGUUGAAAAUAAUACAAACAAAUAACAAUUUUUUUUUAUACAUGUUGAGAUGUUUGUUGUUUCGCAAAAGACACAAUAAGGGAAGAAUAACAGAGGAAUAACAGCAGAAUGACGGAACUGCAAUUGGACAACAGCCUGACGAGGGACGCUGAAGCUGGCGCCGCUGUCGCUGCCGACGUCGACGUAGCUAUGACAGCCACCACAAUAACAACAACGCCCAAGGCCACGGCCAAAAGGCGUGGUGGUGGAGGUGGAAGUGGAAUUGAAACUGAGGAGGAUUUUCUAUCCACCUCACCGGACAGCGCCAAUGGCGACGCACACGCACACAACCAUACACACACUCACGCACACACACACGCACUUAACGAAUUGCAGCAACAGCAAAUGGCUGGCAGCUCGCUCUCGAAUGACAUCAGCAACGUUGGCAACGCGCAUCAGCUGUUGCUGCAGGCUUUUUACAAAUGCUCAUCGUCGGAUGAAUGCGUCAAAUUGGAUAAUAUAUUGGAUUCAUUCAAAGCACCGUUAUCCGAGGAUCAAGCCUGGGCACUUGUCUAUCAGUUCAUCUCGCUCUAUCACAAGGUGGCCAUUAAGGCGCAUCAUUGUCGUCCCAGCGAUGAAUAUGAAACCGAGUUGCCAACACAAUUUGAACUUCAUUUGCAUCGCGAUGGCAGCGUUCAUUUCUCCGGUAAGCAGCGGCAACAACAACAAAAACAACAGCAGCAACAGAAUCAGCUGCAAAAGGAAGAGAACUGUUCAUCGCAGCAGCAACGGCAGCAACUUAACGUCAGCGCCAGCAGCAGUAGCGGCGACAGCAGCGUCGUCAUCAAUCGAGCCUUUGACAACAACAAUCAUCACACGCCGCUCGUUGUCUCCCAUAGAAAGAUUAUGAGCGAAUUGGCGGAAGUUGUUUAUGCCGCUUUGGAUUACAACCUGGCUGUGGACGAGGAAUGCCAAAUGUCCCAGGAGCUGGAAAGUCUCUUUGACUUCAUGACUGCAGUUGAAAUUGACGAUGAUUGCAUUGAUGAGGGCAUUGACGAGGGCGACAAGCGCUGGGACGAUGAAACGGAGGAGGAACGCAACAAUACCAAAGAACUGGAGCACAUUAUCGAGACCUGUAGAAAUCAUAUUAAGCCCGCAUUAGCUGAGAACCAUUACAAAGCCGUUUGUCGCGCCUUGGUAACAGAAACAAUAGAGCUGCGCAUAUUUCUACAACAAGUGCUUAAUAAAGGUGGAGCUGAAAAGUUUAUCAAAGCAUCAUCUCAAACAUCUCAGACAGCACAACAGGAACUGGCGAAGCUGGGCUUCAACGACUGGGCACGCUUUUGGGUUCAGGUAAUCGAUGAGCUGCGACGUGGAGUGCGACUGAAGAAGCGUAAUUACGAGCGUACGCCCAUUGAAUACGAGCUGACGCCCUAUGAGAUACUUAUGGGCGAUAUCAGAGCCAAAAAGUAUCAAUUGCGCAAAGUGAUGGUGAAUGGUGAUAUUCCCCCUCGCGUCAAGAAGGAUGCCCAUGCGAUGAUCUUGGACUUCAUCAGGUCACGGCCGCCAUUGAAAAAGGCCUCUGAACGUCAGCUGGGACCGCCAUUGAAAUUAAUACCCUCACCGCGGGAACAGCUAAUGGAGUCGAUACGACAGGGCAAGGAACUAAAACAGAUAACUCCACCAGAAACGCCAACCCUUAAAGAGAAAUCUUACUUCCAAACCUAACAUAACUCGCAAGAAUUCAACUUGAGAUUUUAGCAAGUUUGGAAAGCAUAUUCAAGAAAUUUUCAAGAUCCACUGGAUAGUAUAAUUUGUUGCACUUCUUAACUGUUCGACUUGUUCAUUUUUGAACCAAAAAUUUUGUAUUUAAACAAAAAUCAAGAAAAAAAAACACAAAAUAUUAAGUCGGAAAAGAAAAUACAAUGUAAAAUAAAUAAAUGUGUGAAAGAAAGUUAGAUAAAAACUGUUUAUAAGAUAA